UACUUUUUGGUUUCUGAGAUUUAUGAACAUCAUUGAUCUCAGAAAUUCCAAUAUAUACUAAUUAUAAUUGCAUUUAGCGUAAUUAAUUUUAACAUCGUUUUAGUUUAAACUGUGAUAAUAACAAACUGCGCUGCAUUAGAACAUUUUUCUUUACUGUAAAUAGGUGAACAUUUCACCUGACUGUGCCCUUUUCUUGAGCUUAGCUCUUAUCGUUUUUGUUUGGUGUUCAGUAGGAAAGUCUGAAGGAUGGAACAGCAGCGGUUCCGAACAGGGGAGCGUAUUAACAAUAUCUCAACUAAUACGUUUCAAAUUUGGGAAACUACAGUUCGUCUGGCACGCAUUCGUACCUUGAUGGACCAUCUUUGCGCUGCCAAUGACGAAAAUGACGAGUUGAUCUAUUGCCUACGGGAACCCAACGAAACCAUUGACGAUACUCCAGAGGACACGAACAAUGAGAACGACGCAGACGAAGAAGAUGGUUCAAUCAACUCAAUAAUCAAAGACAUUCGGUCCCGACCUCGUACGCGUGGCGCAGUCAAAAUGAUAUUUUACAACCGAUUGGCAAUGAUAUCAGAUAAACUAACACAAGACAUCAAGUUCCGAUCGGAGAAUGCAGAGUUUUUCGAUGACCUCGAGUUGGUAUUGAGUCGCAUGAGCGACGAGGCUGCCGAAAUCACGAAACGUGAAAUCAUGAAAUAUUUAGCCGAAGCGAAGGAAAGGCUAGCAAAAAAAGACAGAGAACGGCAGCAGCUGAUUCAGCAGCAACAAAGCUAUGCUGCUUCGUCCUCAUCGUCUGGAUCUAGUUUAACAGGUUCCAGUAGUAAUACAUUUUGAAUUAGGGCAAUGCUUAUUACAACUGAAUGAUGGAACGUAGGAAUAUACAAAAAAAACUACUUCAACGAGUGGCUCUGCUUUUAAGUGUAGCAGGGUAGUUAAUGUAUGUGACAAACAGAGCUCAGUUUAGCACACCGCAUAUACUAGCAAAGUAAAAAAACGAAAUCUGUACUCUAAAUGAAAUUUGUUACUUUCUUUCGUCGAUUGUCAGUUUCAUUUUUGACUAUUUUUCCUCAUAUACUUGUUUAUUUAUAAUUGUUUGCAAAAUUAUUCCAAUACACCAAUUUAUGAAAAAU